UCCUUCAAGCCACCAGGAUUGGACUGGGUUGCACCUGGCAACGACCUACCUAUUUAUCUUGACUCAUCUUGGAGAAGACUCCUCAAAACCGGAAUGGAUGGAUUCGGCCAGAAGUUUCCAGCUGCCCUACCCCAAGCAACAACUGCUGGACACAGUGUCUCUGCUCCCGUCUCACAGCCAGCCACCCAGGAUGUAGAAGACACUCCGCGAAAAGGAAAUAAGCGGAGAAAGGUCAACCACGCAUGUCUUUACUGCCGCCGAAGCCAUAUGACGUGCGAUGAAGGCCGACCGUGCCAGCGAUGUAUCAAACGCGAGAUAGGGCAUCUUUGCCACGAUGAACGUCGUUCCAAGACCCUUGAUAAACUACCAACAACCACACCUUCCCCGUCGACGACUUUUAACGGCACAAGUGUCCCUACUCCUACAUCGGCAACACCCUGGCCGAAACCACAGUAUUUCAACUAUCAGUCAGAGACGCUUGGGAACGAAUUCUCAGUCCUCACCGACUUUCUUGAAACGUUGGACGACGGGUCAUUCUUCGCCGAACCACAAACUCAAACCCAAGGCCCGCUCAUGACCUCUGCAUCGGCCGGCUUCUCGCGAUUCAGCACCACCACCGCUCCCCAACAACCAGCACUGUCACAAACACCUGCUUCACCAACUCCCCAGUCAGCUCCCCCAGCAGUGAUUCCCUCGGCAACCAAGACGGAGAAGUUCUUGCUCACCGCGGCAGAUCAAGAAUCCGGGUCCCGCGACGAGCGGCUGAGUCGCGUUAUUCGGAGCAAAUAUGAAGCAGGCUUGCUAAAACCGUACAACUACGUCAAGGGCUAUGCCCGUCUCAGUCGCUGGAUGGACCGCAAUGUCUCACAAGAAUCGAAGCAACAGAUUUUGCAGCCUCUUUCCGUUCUUCGACCGAAAUUCCGCGCGGUGGCUCAGAGUCUCCGCGACAUAGACCUUGUAUUCAUCGAAGAAGCAUUUGAGCGCAUGCUUCUCGAUUACGACCGCGUCUUCUCAGCGAUGGGUGUUCCCGCCUGUCUAUGGCGUCGAACUGGCGAGAUCUACAAGGGGAACCGGGAGUUCAGUGAGCUAGUUGGCGUCCGUGGCGAGGAUAUGCGUGAUGGCCGAUUAUGCAUCUACGAACUGAUGGCGGAGGAGAGUGCUGUGAACUACUGGGAGAAAUACGGACAUGUUGCGUUCGACUCUUCCCAAAAAGCAGUACUGACGAGUUGUGUCCUGCGAUAUAAACCCGUUUUACCGUCCUCGACUGCCGCACCAAAUGCGGCAUCCGAGGUAGCAAAAGCUGCGAGCGAGCGCGGCAUGGACGACCGACCCCAUGAGUCGCCUGAGCAGGAAGGCGGCUUCAUUAAUUGCUGUUUCUCGUUUACCAUACGACGCGACAAGUGGGGCAUUCCAAGCAUGAUUGUAGGCAAUUUUAUCAGGACGUGA